CUCAGGACACCGUUGCCACGGCAACAGUCCCACAGCUCCGCAUCAUGGCGGCCUUCACGUCCAUAGACGCGGUGAGGAGAAAGAUCCAGACUCUGCAACAGGCCGCGUACGAAGCGGAGGACCGAGCCGAACUGAUGCAGGAGGAGGCGGACACCGAGAGACGCGCCCGAGAGACGGCUGAGGCGGAGGUGGCGUCUCUAAACAGACGUAUCCAGCUGGUGGAGGAGGAGUUGGACCGCGCUCAGGAGAGACUGGCCACCGCUCUGCAGAAACUGGAGGAGGCUGAGAAAGCUGCAGACGAGAGCGAGAGAGGGAUGAAGGUCAUCGAGAACAGAGCGUCCAAAGACGAGGAGAAAAUGGAGAUCCAGGAGAUGCAGCUGAAAGAGGCCAAACACAUCGCUGAGGAGGCCGACCGCAAAUAUGAGGAGGUGGCACGUAAGCUGGUGAUCCUGGAGGGCGACCUGGAGCGUUCAGAGGAGCGCGCUGAGGUGGCGGAGGCACGAGCGAGGGAGCUGGAGGAGGAGCUCCGACUAAUGGACCAGAAUAUGAAGUCCAUGAUGUGCGGAGAGGAAGAGUACUCGCAAAAGGAGGAUAAAUACGAAGAAGAAAUUAAAGUUCUUACUGACAAACUGAAAGAGGCUGAGACUCGUGCAGAAUUUGCAGAGAGAUCUGUGGCCAAGCUGGAGAAGACCAUCGACGAUCUGGAAGAGAAACUGGCCCAGGCCAAAGAGGAGAACCUGGACAUGCACCAGGUUCUGGACCAAACUCUUCUGGAGCUCAACAACCUAUAAAGACCUUUGCAGAGCUGACAGAAGAAUCACCGCAACGAUUAAUCAAGAUCAAGAAAUGGUUUCAUUAGCUCCCAGCAGACACACUUAACAUUCAUUAAAACAAUGAAAAUGAAGAUUGAUGUUCAGUUGUUGCAGAGCCUGUAGCUGAGAACACACUCGUUACUUCUUUACUUUUACUCCAUUUCUCCAACAAAAUGAAUGUGUUCAAAAAAUGUGAUGUUUUGUUUGCUUGUAUUUUAAAGUUAUCUUCAGCUGAUCCUGCCGGCCCCUCCCUAACGUGAUGUGACCAUAGACUGUAAAUAAAGAUGGAUGACUUCCUCCAGUUGUGCAAAAGUGAAGCUAAAAUAUCUCUGAUGCAUUUUUGACAUAAUUUGCAUUCAGAGUCUGAGCAGCAGUGAUCGUGGAGGGGAGCUGUGGUAUCAAGGUCCCGCCCAUAUAUGCUCUUUACCAAUCCUGAGUCAGUGU